GUUCAUCUCCACCCCUUUCCCUCCUUGUCUUCUUCUUCUACUCUCAACGCCAUGAAAAUCACACUCACACUGUGAUCCUUAACCUCUCUCACUCUCUUCUAACUUCCGAUUCAUGGCAGCGUCUUCUCCUCUCCCUUUACCCGAACUCCAUUUCCUUUCUCCGCAAAUCACCCCCAAACGCCGUAUUUCCCUCUCCAAACUCCCCUCCAUUUCCCGCCACGUCACCUCCAACGUUUCUCUCCGCACCGCGCGAAUCCGCGCAAGCAGAGAAGAAUCCGCGUUGGCCGACCGAGUCAACGACGUCGAAUGGACCGGAAAUGGCGCCGCCGCCGCUGCUUCCAACGCCAAUGGUGCCUCCGUUAGUGGAUACGUCAACGGCGCCACUAACGGAAGCUUGGUCAAGUACGGUUACGAAGACGGAAACGACGUUGCUGCUGCGGAGGUGGUGGAAGUUGAAGCCUCUAACAAGCUGAGCGAGGAUGGGAGGAAGAAGAGGUUGGAGGAGAUUGGGAAAGAAGACGCGUGGUUCAAACAAACCGGGAACGAACAAGUGGCAGUUGCACCUGGGGGUCGUUGGAACAGGUUCAAGACUUACUCCACAAUACAAAGAACCUUUGAGAUUUGGGGAUUUGUUGCCACGUUCAUCUUUAAGGCUUGGCUGAACAACCAGAAGUUCUCUUACAAAGGAGGAAUGACCGAGGAAAAAAAAACCUUAAGGCGAAAGGCCCUUGCCAAGUGGCUGAAGGAAAACAUUCUGAGAUUAGGUCCUACAUUCAUCAAAAUUGGCCAGCAGUUCUCCACUAGAGUGGACAUUCUUCCUCAAGAAUAUGUUGACCAGUUGUCCGAACUUCAGGAUCAAGUUCCUCCAUUUCCCUCAGAGACCUCUGUAGCUAUUGUUGAAGAAGAGCUGGGAGCUCCUUUAGGUGAUAUCUUUGAUCAGUUUGACUAUGAACCAAUAGCUGCUGCAAGUCUUGGUCAGGUUCAUCGUGCGACAUUAAAGGGACAGGAGGUUGUUGUUAAAGUACAAAGGCCUGGUCUCAAGGAUCUUUUUGAUAUUGAUCUUAAAAACCUGAGGGUUAUUGCUGAAUAUCUUCAAAAAAUUGAUCCAAAAUCAGAUGGUGCAAAGAGGGAUUGGGUUGCUAUUUAUGAUGAAUGUGCCUCUGUCUUAUAUCAGGAGAUUGAUUACACCAAGGAGGCUGCUAAUGCUGAAUUGUUUGCAAGUAACUUUAAGAACAUGGAUUAUGUGAAAGUUCCUACAAUCUACUGGGAUUAUACCACUCCACAGAUUCUGACAAUGGAGUAUGUUCCUGGGAUUAAAAUAAACAAAAUACAAGCUUUAGACCAACUGGGUGUUGACCGCAAAAGGUUAGGGAGAUAUGCGGUUGAGUCAUACUUGGAACAAAUUUUAUCACAUGGUUUCUUCCAUGCUGACCCUCAUCCUGGAAAUAUUGCAGUUGAUGAUGUCAAUGGUGGAAGAUUGAUCUUCUAUGAUUUUGGAAUGAUGGGGAGUAUCAGUCCAAACAUUCGAGAAGGUUUGCUCGAAACAUUUUAUGGGGUUUAUGAGAAAGAUCCAGACAAGGUUCUACAAGCAAUGAUUCAAAUGGGAGUUCUUGUCCCCACUGGAGAUAUGACUGCUGUUAGAAGAACAGCACAAUUCUUCCUCAACAGUUUUGAAGAGCGCCUGGCUGCACAAAGGAGAGAGAGAGAGGAAGCAACAACUGAACUUGGAUUCAAAAAACCAUUAAGCAAGGAGGAAAAAAUAAAGAAGAAAAAACAACGUCUGGCUGCUAUUGGUGAAGAUUUAUUAUCUAUUGCAGCAGACCAGCCCUUCCGAUUUCCUGCUACAUUCACAUUUGUUGUUAGAGCCUUCUCAGUGUUGGAUGGCAUUGGAAAGGGGCUUGACCCACGUUUUGACAUCACUGAGAUUGCCAAACCUUAUGCCCUGGAGUUGCUCAGGUUUCGUGAAGCUGGGGUUGAAGUUGUCCUAAAGGACUUCAGGAAGAGAUGGGAUAGACAAUCUCAAGCAUUUUACAACUUAAUCAGACAGGCUGAUAGGGUUGACAAGCUUGCUAACAUUAUCCAAAGACUGGAGCAAGGUGAUCUAAAGCUGCGAGUUCGAACUUUGGAAUCUGAGAGGGCAUUCCAACGUGUUGCUGCAGUCCAGAAGACUAUAGGGAAUGCAGUAGCUGCUGGGAGCCUAAUCAAUCUUGCAACAGUUUUGUAUCUCAACUCAAUUCGUGUGCCUGCCAUUGCAGCAUAUAUCUUCUGUGCAAUCUUUGGUUUUCAAGUGCUCUUGGGCAUUGUAAAGGUCAAGAAGCUAGAUGAACGGGAACGAUUGAUAACAGGGAUUGCAUGAGCAGCUACAUGAUUUAGGACCGAGAAAUAGCACAUGUUACGGUCAUGGUUGCAAGUCAACCUUCAGAGCAUGAAAAGGAUUAAAUGACCUGGGGAGCUGAUAGAAAGCAUUACCCAACAUUUCGAAAGACUUCAGCAAGUACAAAAAUUUCAAGCAGCAAAUGAUGGGGGCUUUCUCCAUUCACCUGUUUCUGUUAAUAAAAAAAAUGUGCUCUACGAUAGCCAAAUUGGCUUAGAGCCACAUUUUUGUCAUACACCCCACCUCUCCCAAAAAAUUAUAAAUAUAAGUUAUUUCCGCAUAGUAACUUGUAUAGGUAUGAUAUAGAGUUUUCAUAUAUUCACAAUUCACAAUUACAUUCCACGCCCGAAUUGGACCAAAAUCUGUCAAAAUUCAGCUACUAGUAUUUUUCUAUGUAGCAUGACCCUUAUUGUAAUUACCAUACGGUAUAAUGCAGCUUCCGACAAAAAUUUGGAGGGAAGCUCUGCCCCAAAUUGACUAACAUAAAUGAAAAAAUGUCUGCUUGUGUCAUC